AGAUUAAAUCAACUCAACUUAAUCUUUAAAAACAAAAAUUUAUUUUCAAUUAUGUAUUGUCUUCAAUGGUUAAUGCCUAUCCUUUUAAUACCCAAACAAUUAGUUCAUCCAGCAUUUUUAAUUGAUCAAGCGCUCUUUUUGUGGUUUUAUAUUGCUGGUUUUGUUUUGGAAAGAAGACCCUGCUAUAUUUGUCUAGCUAUAUUUAUUCUAACCGUUUUGGUUCUUUGUUAUAGUGAUGAAGAACGUUGUGUACUAUGGCCAAUUUGUGAAACAAUGAUGAAUGGGGAAAUGUGUAAAAAUGCUUAUGAAAGGAGAAUGGCUACACAAAAGUAUUAA